GGUUCAGAAAGAAAUUUGACCUCCAGUUCCAUUUUAGAAUGGCGUCCCUUUCAGCGCUCACGGAAGAACUGGAAUCUGUCACCAGCGAGCUCCAUGCAAUUGAGCUGCAAAUCCAAGAACUGAGUCAGAGGCAGGAAGAACUUCUUCAGAAAAAGUCCGUCCUAACCAAGAGAAUAAAGCAGUGUUGCCAGAACUCUGGUGCCGGGACGAGUACUGAGGGGGACUCUUCCCCUGCCGCUUGGAAUAAAGAAGAUUUCCCUUGGUCGAGUAAAGUUAAAGAGGUUCUGAAAAAUGUCUUUAAACUGCCGAAGUUCCGACCCCUUCAACUUGAAACAAUUAACGUGACCAUGGCCGGGAAGGAAAUAUUUCUUCUUAUGCCAACGGGAGGCGGAAAGAGUUUGUGCUACCAGUUACCUGCGUUGUGUUCAGAGGGUUUUACACUGGUGAUUUGCCCGUUGAUCUCUCUGAUGGAGGACCAGUUAAUGGUUUUAAAACAAUUGGGCGUGUCGGCCGCCAUGUUAAACGCUUCUAGUUCCAAGGAGCACGUCAAGUGGGUGCACGCCGAGAUGGUGAACAAGAACUCCGAGCUGAAGCUGAUUUACGUGACGCCCGAGAAGAUCGCCAAGAGCAAGAUGUUCAUGUCCCGCCUGGAGAAGGCCUACGAAGCCAAGAGGUUCGCGCGGAUCGCCGUGGACGAGGUUCACUGCUGCAGCCAGUGGGGACACGACUUCAGACCCGAUUACAAGGCCCUGGGGAUCUUGAAGCGCCAGUUCCCCAACACGUCGCUGAUGGGGCUCACCGCCACCGCCACGCAGCACGUCUUGAAGGAUGUGCAGAAAAUUCUCUGCGUCCAAAACUGUAUGACGUUCACCGCUUCGUUCAACCGGCCGAAUCUGUAUUACGAGGUUCGUCAGAAACCCUCGAAUGCAGAGGAUUUCAUUGAGGACAUUGUAAAGCUCAUUAAUGGCAGAUACAAAGGACAAUCAGGAAUCGUGUACUGUUUCUCGCAGAAGGACUCGGAGCAGGUCACCGGCAGCCUGCAGAGGCUGGGCGUGCGCGCGGGCGCCUACCACGCCAACAUGGAGGGAGAGGACAAGACCAAGGUCCACACGAGAUGGGCGGCCAAUGACCUGCAGGUCGUGGUGGCCACGGUGGCGUUCGGGAUGGGCAUCGACAAGCCCGACGUGAGGUUCGUGAUCCACCACUCGAUGAGCAAAUCCAUGGAGAAUUACUACCAAGAGAGCGGGCGGGCAGGCCGAGAUGAUCAGAGAGCGGACUGCAUCCUGUACUAUGGGUUUGGGGACAUCUUCAGAAUCAGCUCCAUGGUGGUCAUGGAGAACGUCGGGCAGCAGAAGCUGUACGAGAUGGUGUCUUACUGCCACAACAUAAGCACGUGCCGCCGCGUGUGCAUCGCUCAGCACUUCGAUGAGGUGUGGAACUCGGAUGCGUGUGACAGGAUGUGUGACAACUGCUGUACAGACGCGGCAGUGGAGGAGAAGAACGUCGUGGAGCACUGCAGGGAGCUGGUGCAGAUCUUGCGGCAGGCGGAGGGGCUGGGCGAGAAGCUCACGCCCCUGAAGCUCUUGGACUCCUGGCUGGGCAAAGGCCCCGCGAAGCUGAGGGUGGCCGGCGUGCUGGCCCCCGCGCUGCCUCGGGAGGAGCUGGAGAAAAUCAUCGCGCACCUGCUCCUGCAGCAGUACCUCAGGGAGGAUUACAGCUUCACGGCGUACGCCACCAUCUCGUAUUUGAAGGUGGGACCGAAAGCGAAUCUUCUGAGCAGCAAGACGCACGUCAUCGCCAUGCAAGUGAAGAAGGCCGCCACCGCCGCCGCCGCCAGCCUCAGGGUGGAGUCAUCCAACACGUCUCGGUCGGAUCGAGCUGGUGAAGUGGGGGAAAGGAACGCUUCGGGAAAGUUCCAGAAGCCGGCACGCACGCCGCAGCACUCUGGGGCCAAGAAGAGGAAAGUGGAGGUUGAUGGCUGAGCCGCGGGCUGGCCGCGCGUCCCGCCCGGCAGGAGCAAGCGCGCAGGGCGGCGGCGGCCCCGCGUCUGCACACGGCCCGCCCUCAAGGCCUCGCUGCAGACUCGAGGACUCGGAGCCCCUGGGAUGCCGAACACGGCGAAGGACGUCGUUUUCCAGAAUGCAACAAGGGAAAAGAAAUCCCGGCUCGAUCACAUAGUUGAGAACGGCUUCCUAGAACCGUGGGGGGCUCUGCAGACCCCCCCCCCACCUGACCGCGUUUACUUCCGCUGAACUUGCGGUCACCUUCCUUCCGUGCGUGAUCGCUGCUCCUGCUCUCGAACCCACAGCCUCCCGAUCUCCUCCCCUGUUUUCGCUUGGCCCACGGCUGGUGAGCCGUGCCCCCGUUCUAGCUUUUCGGUGGUCUUCAGAGGUGAGAGCCUCAAGGAUUCGAAUGUUCCUCCCUGUGGUGUCAAACUAUCAGCCUCCUGAGUUGCAGGAAUUACAGGCUUGAGCACUGGUACCUGGCUGUGUCUUUUUUUUGGUG